ACUGAGGAGCACGUGAUCAGCAGCUGAAGGCAAGCAAGAAAAGCCAAACAGCAGUUAUCCAGACCACACAAGAAAUGGAACCAGAAACUCCGGAGAAGGAGGAUUCUGCGCAGCAGAAUGUUAGUGCCAAGUCACAGCCAGACGAUGAUGCAAAUGAUGCGAAAGACAAGGCUGACCCGCAAGGGAAAGAAGAAGCUUAUCAGCUCCAGGUAGCUGAAGAGAUGGCCAAGGAGAUUAAGAAGAAAAUAAGAAAGAAACUAAAAGAGCAGCUGACUUACUUUCCGUCGGAUACUCUAUUGCAUGAUGACAAACUGGGCAGUGAAAAGAGAAAGAAGAAGAAGAAAGUCCCCAUCCCAUCUAAACCAGAGCCAAGUGCAUCAGAUGUCUGUGAUAAUGCAGUUGAAGAUGAACAAAAGAAAGAAUGUCCCCUCGAAACUGAUACUCCAGGAUCUCAUCAUGAUGAAGAAAUAUGCUCAACAGAACAGAAUGCAGAUGACAAUAAACCAGAUAACAGAAAACCCAAACCCAAAAAGACAAAAAAGAAGACUAAAGCUAAAGCAGUUCCAGAUAAUAGUGAAGAGAUGAAUGGUGAUGGUGUUCAUGAAGUGACAAGCCGGGACAGUCCAGUUUAUCCCAAAUGUUUGCUUGAUGAUGAUCUUGUCAUGGGAGUUUACAUUCACCGAACUGAUCGACUUAAAUCAGAUUUUAUGAUUUCUCACCCAAUGGUAAAAAUUCAUGUGGUUGAUGAGCAUACUGGUCAGUAUGUCAAGAAAGAUGAUAGUGAACGUCCUGUUUCAUCUUAUUAUGAAAAAGACAAUGUGGAUUAUAUUCUUCCCAUUAUGACUCAACCAUAUGACUUUAAAAAGUUAAAAUCAAGACUUCCAGAGUGGGAAGAACAAAUUAUAUUCAAUGAAAAUUUUCCCUAUUUGCUUCGAGAGUUUGAUGAGUGUCCAAAAGUCAUCCUGUUCUUUGAGAUUCUUGACUUUUUAAGCAUGGAUGAAAUUAAGAAUAACUCUGAGGUUCAAAACCAAGAAUGUGGCUUUCGGAAAAUUGCCUGGGCAUUUCUUAAGCUUCUCGGAGCCAAUGGAAAUGCAAACAUCAAUUCGAAACUUCGUCUGCAGCUCUACUACCCACCCACUAAGCCUCGAUCCCAGUCAAAUGUUGUUGAGGUUUUUGAAUGGUGGUCCAAGUGUCCAAGAAAUCGUUAUCCAUCAACACUGUAUGUAACUGUAAGGGGACUGAAAGUUCCGGACUGUAUAAAGCCAUCUUACCGCUCUAUGAUGGCUCUUCAGGAGGAAAAAGGAACACCAGUGUAUUGUGAACGCCACCGUGAGACAAGUUCAGUAGACACAGAACCUGGAUUAGAAGAUUCAAAGGAAGUGGUUAAGUGGAAACGCCUGCCUGGUCAGGCUUGUCGUAUCCCAAACAAGCACCUCUUCUCACUGAAUGCUGGAGAAAGAGGCUGUUUUUGUCUUGAUUUCUCCCACAAUGGAAGGAUAUUAGCAACAGCCUGUGCCAGCCGAGAUGGAUAUCCAAUUAUACUAUAUGAAAUUCCUUCUGGACGUUUCAUGAGAGAAUUGUGUGGCCACCUCAAUAUUAUUUAUGAUCUUGACUGGUCAAAAGAUGAUCGCUAUCUCGUUACUUCAUCGUCUGAUGGCACUGCCAGGGUUUGGAAGAAUGAAAUAAACAGUACAAGUACUUUCCGAGUCUUACCUCACCCUUCCUUUGUCUACACGGCUAAGUUCCACCCAGCUACACGAGAGCUGGUGGUUACGGGAUGCUAUGAUUCUAUGAUAAGGGUAUGGAAAAUUGAUAUGAGAGAAGAUACUCCCAUAUUGGUCCGCCAGCUUGAUGUUCACAAGAGUUUUGUCAACUCUAUCUGUUUUGAUGAGGAAGGUCAUCACAUGUAUUCAGGAGACUGCAUCGGGGUGAUUGUUGUUUGGGACACUUACGUGAAAGUGACCGAUCUGCAGCAUUCAGUGCGCCACUGGGCGAUAAAUAAGGAAAUUAAGGAAACUGAAUUCAGGGGAGUUCCAAUAAGUUAUCUAGAGGUUCAUCCCAAUGGAAAACGUUUACUAAUUCACACCAAAGACAGUACAUUGAGGAUCAUGGAUCUGCGGAUACUAGCAGCCAGGAAAUUUGUUGGUGCUGCAAAUUACCGGGAGAAGAUCCAUAGUACUUUGACACCAUGCGGGACUUUUCUCUUUUCUGGGAGUGAGGAUGGAAUAGUGUAUGUUUGGAACCCAGAGACAGGAGAACAAGUAGCAAUGUAUUCAGACCUGCCAUUCAAGUCAACUAUUCGAGACAUAUCUUACCAUCCUUUUGAAAACAUGGUUGCAUUUUGUGCAUUUGGGCAGAGUGAGCCAGUUCUCCUCUAUGUUUAUGAUUUCCAUGUGGCCCAACAAGAGGCUGAAAUGUUCAAACGCUAUAAUGGGACGCUCCCAUUGCCUGGCAUCCAUCAAAGUCAGGAUGCCUUAUGCACCUGUCCUAAGCUGCCGCAUCAAGGGUCUUUUCAGAUUGAUGAAUUUGUCAACACUGAGAAUAAUUCAUCAAGAAAGAUUCAGCUCGUGAAGCAGAGACUCGAAACUGUCACAGAGGUGAUACGAUCCUGUGCUGCAAAAGUCAACAAAAAUCUCUCAGUGACUUCACCACCACCAGGCCCUCCAAAGAGGCCAAGGGUGAAGCAGUCAUUUGUGCUGACCACUGAUGAGAUUAUCCAUCAGUUUGGACUCCCUCAAACCGCAUUCAUCAGCAUAGAAAGAAGGCCUUGCAUCCAAGUAGACGCACCACCAAUGGUAGUGGCUCUUUAUGACUACACAGCAAGCCGAUCAGAUGAACUAACCAUCCAUCGCGGAGACAUUAUCCGAGUGUUUUUCAAAGAUAAUCAAGACUGGUGGUACGGCAGCCUAGGAAAGGGGCAGGAAGGUUUUUUUCCAGCUAAUCAUGUGGCUAGUGAAACAUUGUAUCAAGCAUCACCUCCAGAGGUAAAGGAGCGAUCUCCUCCUUUAACUCCCAAAGAGAAGACUAAAACAGAAAAGCCUUCAGCUUCUCAAAAGCCUGCUCUCCACAAGGACAGGUCCCCGGAUUCCAGACUGGGCUCACAGUUCAUGGCACGGACUGAGAAGGGCAAAGAGCAGGGCUGGGAGGACCGAGGAUACAGAGCAGACACACAGGCGAAGAAGAGUGAGCCGACAGCCCGAAAAGUCACCCUGAUAGAGUAAAAAGUUGGAAAAGAAUGAAGAAACAACCAGAUGAACAGAAAUGAAAUGAAAAGCUAAGCCAAAUGGGUUUCUCUUUAGAUUUUGGAAGAAAAGAAGUAUCUACUAUAUUGACCUUAUGGAAAAUCUGAAGUGAGGUUUGGCUGUAAAAAAAAAUUCAAUGUGGUCUCUGGGUUUAAUUGUUAUAAACAAGUGUGAGUGUUACUGAUCAAAGUAUUGUAUCUGUGCUAUUAGUAACUGCAUCAAAAUUAUAUUGCUGCUGUUGGAAAAACCAAUAACGAAACUCAGCAAACAUGAAUAAAAGUGUGUACAUUGUUGCUUCAUCCAGUGUUACAGUAUCUGUGAUGUGGCUGUAGGUGUAGUGCCCUGCUCAGAAUGCAGAGCAUCUGCUUUUGAAGCUACUUGUGUGUAAAAGGCAAGCAGCUUCUGAAUAUUGUGUAUCCAUACUGCCCCAGUAACAAAGGCAUUAAAAGAAGCAAUUUGCUUUUAAGAACUAAAUGUUUACAUUGCUUUGGAGUGAAUUAUAUGUGUAACUCAACACACCUAAACUAAGAGUAAUUUUGGGUGGACUAGCAAUAGUAUGCCAAAUUUAUUUCCAUUUUUAAAAGCAGUUCACCUUUAAGCAUGUAAGUAAUUUAUAGAUAUAAAUUGUUUAAUAUUUAUUUUAUUCUGAAUAUUUGUUUUUAAAUUAUUACACAGCAUUAUUUA